GAACAGAAACCAUUUGAAAACAUUUAAAUUCAACGAUAUAAAAAAACGAGAACAAUUAACAAUAUUAAUUCAUCAUGUUUAAUUUCCACAAACCUCGCGUUUAUCGCUCAGCCGAUGGCUGUUGCAUUUGCCGUGCCAAAUCGAGUAGCUCGCGUUUUACUGCCUCGAGAAAAUAUGAAAAAGAAUCAAUGCAAUGCUUCAAUUUGCAUGAGCCACGUAAUGGCGAGAUAUGUAAUGCCUGUGUCCUCCUGGUGAAGCGUUUCAAGCGUCUGCCACCGGAUAGCAAACGCCAUUGGGGUCAUGUGGUUGAUGCCCGAGCUGGUCCCGGGAUGAAAUCACUGGCCAAGCAAAAGAAACGUGAAAAUGAAUCUGGUGGUGGAGAUGCAGGCAGCAGUUCAUCAUUUAUACCCGAGAAAUUUGCCAAAAUCUUUAAGAAAAAUCGCAAAGGCAAGAUUACAACAACAUCAACAACAACAACAACAGCAGCAGCAGCAGCAGCAGCAGCUGCUGGAACAAAAGCAGGAAACGGAGGAGUAGCUGCCGCCGCCGGCUUAUCUUCCAUAAAUCCCUCAAGUCCCAAUGGUUGCAUUUCACCCAAUUCUGAACUUCAAGCGGCAAGUGACUCUAAUGAAAGCUAUGAAGAUGAAGAACAGCAACAACAACAAUCAGGAGCAACAUCAGUUGUUGGAGGACCAUAUCAGACAAGAAAACGCACAGCAGCCGCUGCUGCAUUGGCCAAAUUAGGCGGAAGCAAACGACGCCGACAAUUAUUACCACCGAAAAAGCAUCGACGUGCCAUCGAUAAUGUUCCAUUUUUUGAGGAUGGCGAUUUGAUACGUUUGGAAAUUUGUUGUGGCAUCAUUUUUCAAAGUCUUGCCUUGGGCAAUAGUUGUUAUAUCAUUGAUCCCGAUUUGUAUACGCCAUGUGAGAAACAUUUGCGUAAAGCAGCAGCAGCAUCUCAAUCAACUCAAUUGGAUAAUAAUGCCAGUAAUCAAAUCUCAAGCCAUCAGCAGCAGCUGCAGGAACAAAAUGGAGAGCAGCAGCAGCAGUCCCAGACCCAGACCCAUCAGGAAAAACCAGUUAAAGUUUUAAAGAAGCAUCAUUUAUUCUUCAAACGACAAUCGGAAUCAUUUCCACAGGGUGAUAUACAUAGAAUAAGUCCAAUUCCAUUGAAUAAGACUGAGGUCAGACCAUUGCCAAUAUCAGGACAUUCCACAGUUGGAGGUGGAGGAGGAGGUGUUGGUGAGGGUGGAUCGGCCACUACCACCACCGCCAUAGGUGCUGCCUCGCCAUCAUCUCUAUCAUCAUCAUCAAAUUGCUCAACAUCCUCAUCGGUGGCCACCAAAUUUAAUGAUAACUCCUCCGAUUCUGGUUUCGAUGAGCAUGUUCUAGAACGUCGCAAAUCAGUUAGUCCACCAACGCAAGAUGAACUCAAGUCACGGGUUUUGUCAUCAUCCUCAUCCACCACAUCAGCAUCAUCAUCAUCAUCAUCAUCAUCGUCAUCGGGUGGCAUGCAACGUUUGGUAUUGGCCAGUGGUUUGCCCAUAACAGGUCAGGCGCAGAAUUUGGUUUUAGCUGGUAAUGAGUUUACGGCAAGAUUUGUGCAACAACGACAACAGCAAGUAACAGUCCCCGCCACCGCCGCCAUAGUGGAGGGAACGACUUUGAAAAUUAAUGUACUUGGUGGAGGAUCUCAGGCAGGAGUAGGAGGAGGAGGAAACAGCAAUAAUAAUACAAAUACAAAUACAAAUACAAAUAAAAUGCGUGCAAUAUUCAAUAAUGUGGUCAGCAGCAGUAAUGCAACAAUUCAGCAUGAGAAUGGUGUGACCACCAUAUUGCCGGCUUCCUCAUUGGCGGCUAGCAAUCAAACGGCUGCCAUGAAUGCCAUAGCACCCAGUAUGGUGACAAUAACGCCAGCAAAGAAGUCAAUAGGUCAAUCCAAUCAACCAAGCAGCACCACCACCACCGCCACAGCCACCACAACCACAUUGAUGGCCAAUCCCAAAUUUAUAUUGCUCAAAUCGGCCAAAUUUGUGAAUCAUCAUCAGGCAACAUCAUCAUCAUCAUCAGCGGCAGUUGCAGCAGGAGCAGCAGCAGCAGAUGCCAAAAUUGUUUAAAUUGAACUUACACUCUCGUCUCUCUAAUUAUUAUCUCUCCAAUUAUCUCUUAACUAAAAUUCUCUGGAUUUUUGUUUGUUCUAAGUUGCCAGCAGAAACAAAACAAAAAAAAAA